AUGUCAUUCAACUCGGCCACCUCCAAGGCCAAGGCUCGGGCCACUGUGACUAAAUUGUUCGAAGAUGUAUUGCCUGGUACAACGCUUCUACCACUGAAAAAAGUGAAGGUCACAGACGCCAGUGCAUUUGCGCUGGAGGCUCGCAAGCACCGGCAGUCAAAGGAAGAAGUGAGGAAAAAGAAUAAGCUAGUGAGGGCGAGGCAGAAUAGGGAGAUCAACAAGAGACUCGAAAAGGAUAAAAAGUUUCAAAAGUUGGUGAGAUACAAUGUGAUCAAGAGCCACAAAAAUGGGCAGGCCGCUGCACCCGAAGGGGAACAGAAGUACCUUAAAAAGCUCAUCAAGAAGAAUUCCAAUGCCUUGAGGAGGUUUGCCGAUGUCAACGAUCCGGAAAUCCAGGAAGAGAUCGCGGAGUUGCAGAAGGAGAUCAUAAAUAUGAAAAACGAGAAGUUCGAUAGAGCAAAGGACCGCAAGCUUGACGCUAAGUUGCUGGCUUUCAACGAAAAGAUCAAGUCUGGUCUGCUCACGUACCCUGGUCUCACGCCCGGCUUGGCUCCUGUGGGCUUGGACGAUGAAUCCGACGAGGAGGAAGAUGAUGACUAA